AUGGUCCACAUGUGCCACCAUAGUCCACACGUGCCCACUCAGUCCACACGUGCCCACUCAGUCCACACGUGCCCACUCAGUCCACACGUGCCCACUCAGUCCACUCAUGAACACUCAGUCCACACGUGCCCUCUCAGUCCACACGUGCCCACACACUACACAUGUGUCCGCACAGUUCACACGUGCCCGCACAGCCCAAGGUGCCCGCACAGCCUAAAGGUGCCCGCACAGCCCAAAGGUGCCCACUCAGUCCACACGUGCCCACUCAGUCCACACGUGCCCACUCAGUCCACACGUGCCCACUCAGUCCACACGUGCCCACUCAGUCCACACGUGCCCGCACAGUACACACGUGCCCGCACAGCCCAAACAUGCCCGCACAGCCCACACGUGCCCACUCAGUCCACACGUGCCCACUCAGUCCACACGUGCCCACUCAGUCCACACGUGCCCACUCAGUCCACACGUGCCCACUCAGUCCACACGUGCCCACUCAGUCCACACGUGCCCACUCAGUCCACACGUGCCCACUCAGUCCACACGUGCCCACUCAGUCCACACGUGCCCGCACACUACACACGUGUCCGCACAGUACACACGUGCCCGCACAGCCCAAAGGUGCCCGCACAGCCCACACGUGCCCACUCAGUCCACACGUGCCCACUCAGUCCACACGUGCCCACUCAGUCCACACGUGCCCACUCAGUCCACACGUGCCCGCACAGUACACACGUGCCCGCACAGCCCAAACGUGCCCGCACAGCCCACACGUGCCCAGUCAGUCCACACGUGCCCACUCAGUCCACACGUGCCCACUCAGUCCACAUGUGCCCGCACACUACACACGUGUCCGCACAGUACACACGUGCCCGCACAGCCCAAAGGUGA